CUAAUUACUACAAAGUCAGGUUUCUUACUUUAUCUACAACUAAUAUAUAUCCAUCAUGGCAGCUGUUUCUACUGAGGUUCAGAUCGUGAAUUCAUUUCCUGCUGAUAAGCUUUUCAAAAUUCUCAGUAACAUCCAUAACCUCGCACCUAAGGUAGUUCCAGAAGUAUACAAAUCCAUCACGACAAUAGAAGGUGACUUGGGCGUUGGAACAAUCCAGAGUCACGUUUACGGCGACGCUGUACCAUACACAUCAUCAAAGCAAAAGUUUGAUGUUGUUGAUGUCAACAAUUUUUAUGUCGAAUACACAGUCUUUGAAGGUGACAUAUUGUCGGAUUAUCUAGACUCGAUCGCUCAUCGUAUUAAGAUCUCACCAACUGCUGAUGGUGGAGCUGUGUAUAGGCACACGACAGUGUUUAAGUGUAAAGGUGAAACAAAGCCAACAGAAGAUGUUCUUACCCAAACCAAUGAAGGAUACAAGAAAGUCUUCAAGGCUAUUGAGGCGUACGUUCAUGCCAAUGCUGAUGCUUUUUGAUUUUUCUUUUCUUAAUCAAAAUGUUUGUUUGGAUUUGAAAUGGUAUCGUGUAUCUUUCUAUUGUUGUUGUGCAUGAAUCAUUUUGUAACACUUUUUUUUCUUUGCAUCAAUCAAUAAACAUGUUUAUUAAAAUCCCA